GGAGAAAAAGUUACACAAGCGUCAGGAUUUUGUAACGCACACAUUAGCUACUAUUUAAUUGUUGCCACUCGUAAUUGAGCCACCAGUGUCUUCUUAGCUUUACAUCGGACUGAACAAACCGAGCGCUGAAACAAAGAGCUUUGUUUUUUUAUUAACAAAGAUAGAAUAAUCGAGCAAUUUUUGAAUUAUACAAGGACUACCAACAGUCGUAUAUGUUUGGAUUACUGAAAGUGAAAUGAAAUAAAUACAAGCAACCGGGAUGCAUUUUUUCAUUAAAUAACAGAUAAAACGCGUGACGGGUUAAGGUCUAGACGGGCGCGAGAGAUUUGGGUAACGUUAGUGAUAACAAGACAGAAGCGCGCGCUUAAAAUAUGGAGUUGAAUUCAGUGAUUUUGACCACUGGAUCUUCGGUAGGUUUUUUCAAAUUAGUCAACUAUGGAGUCGGCAAACUUCCCAUCCCCGAGACAGCUCAGAGGAACGUUUGGAAAUGGAAAAACAUCUCCACGUCUUUCGUGCACAGCCUCCUAACUGGAGUGUGGUCUGUGCUUUGUUUUUGCAUACAUCCCCAGAUGGCUGAGGAUUUGAUAGAAACAUACUCCGUUUUCUCUCACGCCUUGGUAUCUGUAUCAAUCGGGUACUUUAUAUAUGACUUCUUUGAUAUGGUUAUCAACCAGAAGAUCAGUCAUUCAUGGGAGCUCCUUUUCCACCAUGUAGUGGUGAUCACCUGUUUCGGGAUCUCUGUGUUGACCUGUCGGUAUGUGGGUUUUGCCGUGGUGGCUCUGUUGGUGGAGAUCAAUUCAAUCUUUCUGCACCUGAGGCAAGUGCUCUGCAUGGCCAGCUUGGCCAAAAGUACAUUUUACCGUGUCAACAGCAUGAUAAACCUGGGCACCUAUGUAGUGUUUCGCAUCAACACUCUGGCCUGGAUGACCCGCUGGCUGGUGCUCAAUCGUGACCUCGUCCCCCUGAUCAGCUACACCAUCGGCAGCGUGGGUCUGGCCAUCAUGACCGUCAUGAACAUUGUGUUGUUUUACCGCCUGAUGAGAAGUGACUUCAUGAAGUCCAGCCGUGAGAAGGAGGCGAGGAAAGACAAGGAGAAAGAAAUGUAGGAAGAGGACUCUUCCCACUCCAGCUUCAGCUCCAACCAAAUCCGCUCUCUUCGCCACCAUUCCCAGACUUUGGGGGAAAAAGUUCCUUUCAACCUGCUGACUUCAUUCCUGUAACACCUGAUCGUCGACUAGAUCAAAGUUUAGUCAUUUUAAAGACCUCAAGCUGUGCUAAGAUUAGGAUGGCUGUUGUCACAGGUUUACAGUUGUCUGACAUGGAUGACAUAUAUUUACACAUGCAACCUUAUGCUCAAAUACUCCUGCAUGAUUUAUACAAUGACUCAAAAUGUUAUAAGUUCUAAUGAACUUGAUCUGUUUACCUUUUAUCAAAACAUAUGCUACCCCAUGUAAUGUAUACAUUAUCUAUUAUAUGUAAGCAAAUAUUCUGCUCAAAUAGGAACUGCAUAUGUGGGAUUUAAAAAAAAUGGGGGGAAAAAAUAUAUAUACAAAGUUUGUCUACUUAAUGAGCUUGUAGCAGUAUCAUCCUAAUUCUAUAUCAUUUUUAAAUGGGCAGUUCGCUCAAAUUAAAAAGUUCUUUCCUCUGUGGAACACAACAGGAGACGUUUUGUUCAAUGUUCUCGCUGCUCUUUUCCGUACAAUGUAAGUGAAUGGUGACCGGGACUGUCAUGUUCCAUAAACAACAUAAAAGUACUGUAACUUCUGAAGCCAUAUGACAGAUAUUUCAAUUUUGGGUGAACUGUCUCUUUAAAUCUGAUGGAAUUCCAUUAGAGAUUGUUUUUAGCUUAAAUUCUCUGUACUGACUAGUGAUAAUGAAUGAAAUCACCGUGGACAGGAUGUGCCCAGUGUUCACUACUGGAUGGGGUCGGAUUUAAUUCGCUAAACAUGACUGUAGUUUUACAUUGUGGAUGAAUAACACUAUUCUCGAUUGAUCUGUUGCCCUUUAAGUGGAGAAUCUGAAUCUCGAUGCUGGAGUCUUCACAGCGGCUAUCAGGAAAACACUCCUGCUCUUUCUUACAAUGAAACGGAACAAUGCAUGUGAGGUCUGAGAUCUGACAGGACUGUGAUUGCACAAAUCAUGCCUGUAGGUGGCACUACACACACACACACACAACAGAGACCUCAUGUUAGCUUAUGCUAAUACUUAGUCUAUAGAGAGGCUAUGAUUAAAGUAGUACUUAUAUUGCUUUAAAUGAGCUGAAAUCUUUUUCUUUUUUUUAAUAAAGCUUUGUAAUUUUGUUUUAUUUUGUAUAUUUGUAAUUUAUUUGUACUUAAUAUCAUUGAUUGUUAUGGUUGGAGGCAAACUGCAAAAAAAAAAAAAGCAAAGAGCAAAAUGAAUGUUGUGAUUUUGUUGGUGAUUAACAAAGAACGGUCUUAGUCAGAUGCACUAAAGGCAUUGAUUUGUUUAGCCUUAUUUUUAUAUACUUAGUGCCAUUGAGAUUGUAGAAUGAAUUCUGAUUAUUAUUGAAUUAUAGGCAAGAGUGGCUUGUCUGUCCGGUGGGAAAGUUGACGCACUGUAACCGCAUGUAGCAUCACCGACUUGUGCCACAAAACUAGUUUUUCAAAGUUUAUUCAUAAUGUUUAAUUAAGUUUUAAUCUGGUGUACUCCUUCCUUAUUUUUACUGUUUGUAAGAGUGAUUAAUAAUUAAGGAAGUAAAAAGUUGAAAGCAAGUGAAAUAUAGAAAAAUAAACGUGCACUGAAAUUUUUUUUUACUGUUGGCAGCUUCAUAUUGAGUCUAUGUGCUUGAAUAUGUGCUUCCUUAAUGAAGUAACCGGUAUCUGUAUUUAAAUGUAUUUAAAAAAGAAAAAUGUGUAUUUUAGUUUUUGAGAGAAAACCAAUGUGAUUUCAAAGAUUUCAGCUAUGCGGUUGUCCUUCACUUGAGAGUGCAAUUCUGUACUGUGUUUGAAAGAUAAACUACUGUUGUAUUGUGGAUCUGAUUUUUUGAGCAUAGUGUUGCAGUGUUUUCCAAAGCCAUAAUUAAAAAGAAAAAAAAUCACGGCUGGAAAAAGAUAGAUAUACGUAUAUGCCCAUUCCCCCAGGAGAGCACAACAAAAAGAAAACAGUCUUUUCCUUUUGCUUUUCCUUUCUUUUUUUUUAACCCUUGCUGUUUUAGUUAGCCUAAUCAUAUAAGUUUUAAACAGUUGUAUCUAAAAUGUAUAUAGC